UUUGGUUGAAAAUGAAAGAAAAAAACGUGGUAGACCACCUAAAAAAGAGAACUCAACUAUCGUCAAAGAAUUGCAAAAGACACUCCAGACAUUAUUGAAAAUAUCAAAAAGUGAGAUCCAGAAACCAGAUGAAACCGUUUAUCAGCGUGCAAUUAUUUCCUUGGACCGGUUGCAUAAGGAAUUCAAAAGUGUCAAGGACGUCAUCGUGAAAGUGAUCGACAUAUUAACUCAUAUGAUUUCGACUGUUAUCGGAAAUGGGUUGCUCGAUAACUGUCAUGAGGAAGAUAAUUGGGAAAAGAUCGUGCUUGACGUGUUUCUAUUGAUUGAACAAAUCAUACAAGAUAAUGAUUCGGACCGUGAGAUCUUUGGGCAACUUUGUUUGAAACCUUUUACGCAGGUCUUAAUGAAAUCAACCCUUUCAAUCGAUGUCAGGAGAACUAUAGCAGAUGUGGUGAAUGCUCUUUUGACGGGAUGUAAAGAGAACAAAAAAUUAUUGAGCCAAGAUAAUAAGGAUUGCUCAGAGCUCGUUACUUCUAUCAUAUCUGCGUCAGAUUAUGAACUGCAACUUCGUUAUUUAGAAAUCCUUUUCCGGUUAUGUCCCAGAAUGCAGAAAGAACGUGAAGCUUUUGCUGACAAGGCAUUUUAUGCUAAAAGAGAUGUGAUCCCUAUGUUCUUUCAAAUCACGGCUAGCGAGUUUUUCGGGGACACACGGCGCUUUCUGAACUUUCUUAACGAGAACAACGAUGGCAUAAUCAAGACUCCGAAGACGUUUAGGGUAUCACGAGUACUAUAUAACAUGAUUAUCUUGCAAAUUCCUGAAGGGCAGGAUUGUUUUUUUGUGGAUUUUAAUAAGUACACAAUGUCCACAACAAUAAAGUCAGCAGAGAAAGACGAAACUGUGGAAAACGAAGUGAUCGAUAUCAAAUAUUUCAAAAUAUCAUCUUGGGAUAUUCAAGUAAAUUCUAGAGAGAAUGUCAUCAGAAUAUCCAUCUCGGAAUCUCUAAGACUUGGAGACGAAAGUCCAUCAGGGGUCAAUGUUCUUAGUCUAAUAUUUGACUCGCAUGAAACUCACGCUAUGGAAAGCAUUAAAAAAAUUUUUGCCAAUAGACGAGUG